GAUGUUGGCCCAUACGCAGCCAGCUGCAGGGCUGCCACGAGCUUUCUUUCAAGAAGGGGCUAUCAUCUUCCAAUGAAAUGAAGCUCAGGAUAGUCUCAUGGAAUAUUAAUGGCCUCAAACGCGUUAUCACCAUCUUUGGUUCGCUGGAGCGUUUCUUGCGGGUGCUGAACGCUGACAUAGUAUGCCUACAAGAGACGCAGCUGCGCGAUGGCCUGGAGCCGGAGCUGGCAGUGGCGCCCGGCUGGGACUCGUACUUCGGCUUCACGCGCUGCCGCAGCGGCUACUCCGGCACGGCCACCUUUGUCCGGCGCGAUGGUCCGCUGCCGCCGCUGUCGGCGGAGGACGGCUUUACGGGGCUGUGGGAGGCACAGCGCAGGCGGCGGGAGGAGGCGAAGUGCCGGCAGCGACGCCGUGACCAGAAGCGAGAGCAGAUGCAAGAUGAACAGGAACGGGACCCGCGCGCAGAAGGAGCGCUUGGAGCAGCGGAGCAGGGAACGGCCGCUGCAGGCACACACGCUACAGCUACUGAAGGGCAGCAGCUGCGUCCCACCAAGCGGCAGUGCACCAGCGUGCCCGGCCAUGAGCCGCUGCCCAGCGCUCCAGCCCAGCCGGCACCUCUGCAGGUGCUGCAGCCGCGCCCGACCCACAUCGCACAUGCCCCUGAGGGCGGCGCCGAUGAUGCUGCAGAUGCCGAUCUGCACGCGCGCUGGCGCACUGCGGGGCUGGGCCCCGGUCAGCUCCGGGCUCUGGACGGCGAGGGGCGUGUGGUGAUCACGGACCACGGCGCGCUGGUGCUGGUGAACGUGUACGGGCCGUACGUGGGCGUGAAGCGCACGGAGGAGCGCAUGCGGUACAAGAUAGCCUUUUACCGGGCGCUGCAGCACCGCCUAGACGGCUUCCUGGCGGCCGGCCGGCGGCUGGUGGUGCUGGGCGACUUCAACAUCGCUCCGGAGCGGCGUGACGUGGCAGCCAGCUACCGCCACCUCUACGACCCCACCCGGCCCGACCGCGCCUGGCUACUGCGGCUCAUGGCGCGCGGCCCGCCGCCGUCGCCGCGGCAGCUGCAACACUGGGCCGAAGUCGCAGCUGCGGCUGCGGCGGCCGCGACGGCUGCGGCGGCGGCGGCUGCGGCGAGGGCAGCGGCAGCUGUGCAGCCGCAGGGGCACGAGGACGCAUGCCAUAAGGGGCAAGCGGCGCAGGCGAAAGCAAAGGAGGCGAAGGAGGUUGCAGGCGAGCGGCGCGGAGACCAGCCGGACGACAAGUGUUCCGCUGACCAGCAGGCACGUCAGGGGCAUGGUCGGCGGCCCAGCCUCAGAUCACGGCGGGGCGCGGGCUCCGGCGCCGAACCCGGCUCAUCCUGCUCGGAGGACUCGGACGGUGACAUCGCGGACGUGCAGGGAAAGCAGCUGCGUGGCCGCUCGCCUUUCGUACCUGCCGCUGCGCCUGGCGUGCCUGGUGCCUCGCCACUGGCAGCGUCAAGGGGCACCGUGCUGCUGCCGUUGCCGUCACCUCAGCCUCAGCAGCUGCACCCAGCUGCCAAGCGCCAGCGCUUCCAGCCAGAGCCUGCGUCCGCCAGUGCAGCUCCGGGGGCUGGGCCUUGCAGCAGAGCCGGCGGGGCCGAGGCUGCCGGCAAAGUGUGCGGACGCGGUGUCUGCGGCCUCGCUGAAAUGCUCUUUGGAGAGGCGGCCGUCCCUCCUGCCGGGACCUGUGGGCUGGUGGUCGACGUGGAGGCGGCCGGAAGGGCAGCCUUGGGCCCGGCGCGGUCGGCGGCGUGGGAAGCGGCGUCGGCCGCCGAGCUGCCGGCCUUCGUGGACGUGUACCGGAAUUUCCACACGAGCACCGGACGCGAGUCCUGUGCCACGUGUUGUGGCGCUCGGAUCGACCUCAUCCUGGUGGCUGACGGAGCCUCCUACGCGGGGUGUAAGCUGGCGGAGGGCAGCGCGGCGGAAGCGGAGGCGGGGCCAGCAUUGGGGCCGCGAACGCCAGAGGCGGGGGAAACAACGGGGGUAGCACAGCCGACGUCCGUCGUUACAACUCCCACAGUGGCAGCAAGGGAGGCGCAGGCAACUGCCGCCACAGCCGCUGCUGGCGCCACUCCCACUGCACCUGUGUCAGUGCCUCAGCUAGCGGCUGUCGCGGCCGGCGAAGCGGUGGUGCUGAAAGGUGGCGGCGCCAGCUGUGGGGCCGGCGGCGGCAUUGACGGCUUCACGCUACCUGCUGUGCAACUGCGGCGGUACACCUGCCCGGCAUGGGUCGUUGGCACGGGCAUCAUGCCGGGCUUUGUGGAUACGUACAGCGACCACGCACCCAUCUACGUCGACGUGGAGCUGCCCGACAGCGAGCGCACCCGGCGCGGGCAGCACUCCAGCAGCAGCGGCAGCAGCAGCAACGGCGCGCUGCAGCAGGUGGAGCGCAGCACGGGUCAGCACCGCCAGCGGCCGCCACCGCCAGCCACCGGCGGGAACGAAUGCUGCAGGCCUGCCGCUGCGCGGGUGGAUGUACCGGAUGGCCCUGCGUACGCCGGCAGAGGCAUCGCGCCUAUCAGCCCAUGGCGCCUGCAGGUGUGCGGCGCGCCAAACGCACCCAGGCAGUCGACGCCUGCUGCCGAGGGCGCGACUUCGUCCCGGUUACCUGCGCCUGACAGGCCUGCGGUGUGCGCGACUUCAGGCCUCGCAACCGGAGCACCGCGGGCGCCGCAGCAGCAGGCAGCAGACCAGGCGGGAUCUCUGCUGCUGCCGCCCAUACCGCCAGCUGCAAGGGCACGCGCCGCCGCCGCUACAUCCGCAGCGGCAGCAGCGGCCUUGACAACAGCAGCCCCGGCUGCGACCGCGUGCCUGAUUGGACUGCUUCACGAGCCGAAGGAGGUGGCUGAGCAGGUGGCGGUGGCCACGUGUGCAGUGUCCGAUGCGGGAGCGCCGUCGGCGGCUACAUGCAGGCGUGUGCGGCCCGAUCCCCAGCGCUCCGCAGCGCCGCAACCGUCGACGGCACGUGCGCCGCUGCUUCCACACAGCAGCCGACAUCUGCUGUCCGGCGGUGUGAAGCAAUGGAAGCCGCCUAUCCCCGAGAUGCCGCCGGCCCCGGCCGUUCCGCGCGCAGCUACCUCCAUACGCUCCGCAUCCCCGCCGGCAGCUACUGCCGGGCGCGUUGCGGCCCUGGCGGCGGCGGUAGAAGACGCAAAGGAGAACGCACCGGCCGCGCCACUGGCAGCGGUGCAGCAGCGCAUGCCCCCAUCAGCACCGCUGCUGCCGUCUGUAAGCCUGCAGGCGGGGCGGCGGUCCGCUUCCAGCUCAGCAGUGGUGGGCGUCGUACCUGCCAGGGUGGAAGGCCCGCACGCCACUGAAGCAGCAGCAGCGGUGGCGGCAGCGGCAGCUGGGGAUGGGGCUGGCGCGCCAUGUGCGGGCAUUGUCGCCAAGCUGUCAGCUGGCUCGGGUGCGGACGGCCGGCGGCAGGCAUCCAAGGCGGCAGCCUCAGGCCCGGCGCAGCCAGCAGCCGGGGUAGCUGCGCUGCAAACACCGGCGGCACCCGUGCCCCAUGGCGUGGCCCCAGCGGAGCCGCUGAGGCAAAUGCAUACGCACGCCCCGCAGCCAUGGCUGCAGCAAGGCCCGCAUGCCCAGCACCACCACCAACAGCACCACCGACCGCACCACCAACACAGCCACCAAGGCGCGCAGGAGCACAGCCGCAAUGCCCCGUGCAACGACCAGGGUCAAGGGCCAAGGGCCGCAAGUGCCCUGCCUUGGACGCCGUCGGGUGAAGCGGCGCAAGCCAACCGGCAUAUGUCUUAUGGACCGCCGCGGCAUGGGGUUGCUAGCGCUGCAGGGCAAAUCUACACUGUGGGCCGCCAGUGCACAACACCAACAGCAGUGGCAGCAGCAGCGGCAGCCGCUCAGGCCAUAUCGGCGGGCCUUGUGACGCCAACACAUGCCAAGCCGGCGGCGCCUGUGCCUCCGACCGCAACUGCGUCUGUCUCGGUUGUCACUGACUUGGCGCGUCAGGCCCUGCCGCCUGGCGCCCGCACGACGCCGCUUCGCAGCAGCACGCCUGGUAAACUGCCAGAACCAGCCCAGUCGCUCUUCAGGAGCGUGCUGUCGGAGUCUGUGCCUGCGGCUGUGACCGCUGCGCGCAUGAUGGACCACACCAACGCUGCGCCUUCAGGAAGGCCCCAGACGCCAAGCUAUGGGGCUGCACCAAGGGUGAGGGCGGCGUUGGCGGCAGCAGGCUCGCCACUGGCCUCGCCACGGCGGUGCUGGUCGAGGGACGCGGCCGGCAUGCCUCGUGCCGCCGGCGGUCGCAUAGACUUUGGCGCUUGUCGCAAGGCCCUGGUGAUGGCGCUGCACCCGCCCGCGGCGUCAUCGCCACAUGUGGCUGCAGCGCACCAAGCGUCGUCAGCGCCAGCACCGCCGGCGCUGGAGCCCGUCCGUGCCCUAGCCAGGACGCCCCCCGCUGCGCGGUCGCCAGCGACGGCGGGCAUCAGCCGCACCGCGGCGCGCAGCGCAGCUGGGUGGCAGCCGCCUCGCAGGCUACAGUGCAUGCCUGCUGACGGGAUGCUGCCGGAAUGUGCAGCGCAGCCAGCUGGGGCGACAACAGCGGCGGCGCCGCUCGCGGCUUCGCGAUUGGUUGCGGCGUUAGCUGCGGCUGCAUCCGAGCCAGAGGCGCGAAUCGGUGCGGCAGCAGCUGCAGCAGCAGGCCUUGGCGGCACAGGUACGCCAUGGAUGGUCCCGGGCGCCAAAGCUGCCGCGGACGCUACGCCAUCACCUGCAGACGCGAGCUGCUCAGGGCGCGUCAGCAGCUGGCUGCCUGCAGCAGAGCUGGCGCCGCCAUUGCGCGGCGCCCAGCCCGCUGCGGCCUACGACAGCCGUGUUGAGUCGGCAGGCCUGCCGCUGCCAGCAGGCGGCGCGGGCCGCCCUGGCCUCGCGUCUCGCGCCGCGCCGCCGCUGGAUGCAGCGGCGAUCACGAGCUCUGCCAGGCUCUCAGCAGGCGAUCUUGCGAUCGUGAUGGCCUGCGGUGCAAGUUGCGUGGCCCAAGAGGUAGCAGUGCCGCUGCACACAGCAGACGAGCCCUUCUGCAUAGCAGAGGUGGUGGCAGCCACGAAGCCAGUAGCCUCGCAAGCCGAACCGCCAGCUGGGCCUCCGGCUACUGCCGCGGCUGCUGCUGCUACUGCCUCUGCUACUGUUGCAUCUCUGGCUGCUGGUGCAGCUAGAGGCGCCGCGGCGGAAGACAGCGACCCGCCGUUGACAUGCAGCUUUUGUCCGGACAGCCUGCUGGCUGACGGCACGCAUGGCGCCAGCGGCGGCCCGGUUGCAUCUCCACAGCGCGCUGGGGAGCCGCUGGGCAGCUGCUGCAUGCGCAACGGCGGGACAGCAGGUCCGGACCGGCGCGGGAAACCGUGCGUCACUGCUGACCGUCACGGCCUGGGUGCCGGAGGAGCUUGGGACGGCCGCUGCAGGGGUGAUGACUGCCCUGGUGGGAGUCGCUACAAGGUGCAGAAAGUGGAGGAGGUGGAGAGCCUUGCAGCGAAGCCUGGGCGUGAUGAGCAGCGGCAGCGCAAGAGCCGGCGGCGGCGGGGCCGCAGAAGCCACAGCUGGAUGGUGGUGAUGGACGUGCUGGCCGGGGAGGGUCAGGAGUGGGGUGCGGCGGAGGCGGCACGAUAGGCCGGGGCUUCUGCUGUGCCAUUGGGUUGCGUUAUGGGGCUUGUCCAAGUAUGUGGGUGUUAACGGUAUUUAUGUCACGUGUCAUCGUGCUAGUUCAGGUAGGCCACAACGAGCGGGCGUGCCAACGCGUGCGGCAGUACUGUUCUAUUGCCUCGUAGUCCCGGGGGCCCAGGACCUGUGUAAACUGUAAAGCAUUGCUUGUUUAGCGCAUCAACAACCCGUUCGCGGCCUGGUGUGCUGCAUGCAUUCACAAGUGUUACCGUGCGUGUUUGCGUGGGUACGUGCGUGCGUACUGGCGUGGGUACCCGAUAACGUGCUGGCUUGGGUACCGUAAUACAUACAAGCUUGCCCCGAGUUUUUCUGGCAGUCCCGGUCCGGUGGGUUGGAUGGGAAGUCAGGGCGUGGGGUCAAGCGUGGGGUCAGGGGCAGGAGUGGGCAAGGGGACAACUAUACCCGGAGUAUUUGGCGACCCCACGAGUGAUCUUGUCUGUUGGCUGUUUAUGGCAGAAACGCUUCAAGCCCGAAGCCGGACAGCGUGACCCAAAUCGAAGGUCGCUCGUGGGGUCGUGCGGCUGCGAUAUUAGCCGGACGCACCGGCCCCCAUCAAACGGCUUCCCUUGCUGCAUUAUCAACACAUUUAGCGUGGGCGGUAUGUGCCAGCGCGCCUUUGUAACCUUCCGCCUGC